CUAUAAUCUCUUCUUCUUCCUCUCGAGUCUCGAUUCUCUCUCUUUCUUUCUUUGAAAUUGAUUCAAACAAAAUAACUUCAAGAACAACUUGAGAUUAUAUAUAUGGCUCCUGUCUCGUUACCUCCAGGUUUCCGAUUCCAUCCAACAGACGAGGAACUAAUUACUUACUAUCUAAAAAGAAAGAUCAACGGUCUAGAAAUCGAACUUGAAGUUAUCGCUGAAGUUGAUCUUUACAAGUGUGAGCCAUGGGACUUACCAGGGAAGUCCUUGCUUCCGAGCAAAGACCAAGAAUGGUACUUCUUCAGCCCACGAGACCGGAAGUAUCCCAACGGCUCAAGGACAAACCGGGCAACUAAAGGCGGUUAUUGGAAGGCUACAGGUAAAGACCGCCGAGUUAGUUGGAGAGACCGAGCCAUAGGAACCAAGAAGACAUUGGUUUACUACCGUGGGCGCGCGCCACAUGGCAUAAGAACUGGUUGGGUCAUGCACGAAUAUCGACUUGAUGAAACAGAAUGUGAGCCUUCUGCAUACGGCAUGCAGGACGCAUAUGCACUUUGUCGUGUGUUCAAAAAGAUUGUUAUUGAAGCUAAGCCAAGAGAUCAACAUCGGUCAUAUGUCCACGCGAUGUCGAAUGUGAGUGGUAAUUGCUCAUCGAGUUUUGACACUUGUUCGGAUCUCGAAAUCAGUUCAACUACUCAUCAAGUUCAAAACACAUUCCAACCGCGAUUUGGCAACGAGCGAUUUAACUCCAACGCAAUCAGCAACGAGGAUUGGUCACAAUACUACGGUUCUUCUUAUAGACCGUUCCCUACUCCAUAUAAGGUUAACACAGAGAUCGAAUGUUCAAUGUUACAACACAAUAUAUAUCUACCACCGUUGCGUGUAGAGAACUCUGCGUUUAGUGAUUCCGAUUUCUUCACGAGUAUGACUCACAACAACGACCAUGGCGUUUUCGAUGACUUUACUUUUGCUGCAAGUAACUCCAACCACAAUAAUAGCGUUGGUGAUCAAGUGAUCCACGUUGGCAAUUAUGAUGAACAAUUAAUAACAUCUAACCGUCAUAUGAACCAGACUGGUUAUAUAAAAGAGCAGAAGAUCAGAUCGAGUUUGGAUAAUACUGACGAAGAUCCAGGAUUUCAUGGUAACAAUACCAAUGACAACAUAGAUAUCGAUGAUUUUCUCUCGUUUGAUAUAUAUAACGAGGACAACGUGAAUCAAAUAGAAGAUAAUGAAGACGUGAAUACAAAUGAAACCCUUGAUUCAUCGGGAUUCGAGGUGGUUGAAGAAGAAACUAGAUUUAACAACCAAAUGCUCAUCUCGACAUAUCAAACGACAAAGAUUCUAUAUCACCAAGUCGUACCUUGUCACACGUUGAAAGUUCACGUCAAUCCUAUUAGUCACAAUGUGGAAGAGAGAACAUUGUUCAUUGAAGAGGACAAAGAUUCUUGGUUACAAAGAGCUGAGAAGAUCACGAAGACAAAACUAACACUUUUUAGUUUAAUGGCUCAGCAAUACUACAAAUGUCUUGCUAUUUUUUUCUGAUUCUUUUCUUUUUAAAUUUGUUGAUUUAUUUAUCCCUUUUUGAUAAAAGGGCAUUUACUUAGACACAUAUAUGUAUGUAUACUAAUAUUUACAUUUAACUGUUGUACUUCUUACUGUUAAAAAAUAUUUCUUAUACCUAUAACAACAAUAAAUUAGACGAUCCAAAUUUAAAUUAGUAUAUCAUCAAAUAUUUGAAUGGAGUACAAGCGUCAAGCGGCUUGACUCAAGCCAUUAACGGAGGACUACAAGAACUACUAGACAAAUUAAUAGGCAGCCAAUUCCAUGAGCUUCUUCCAAGCCGGUCUAGCCGAAAUCUCAUUCCACCACCGGUUGAGAUUCUCUCGAGACGUAACCAAACCACUCAAACUGGUUUCAUUCAUGAUAUAUCUCAUACCGGGCAUAUGACUCAAAUCAGCUAAUGUGAAUUCAUCACCGCCCAAGUACCGGUUCGUAGCUAACCGGUUCUCAUACACAUCCAGGACCUUGUCGAACUUGACCUUUAGCUCCUCAACCAAAGCGACGUCGCAUGGCUUACCAGACUUGGGCUUAAAGACGACGUUCAUAACUAAGGGUAGAGCCACAGCGUAGAAAUAGUUAUUCUCAACUUCCACCCACUGGUCCACAAUGGCUCGUCCCUCCAAAGUCUUGCCCAAUAGGUCCGUUCCUUGGUCCGCAUACUUUGUCGCGUAGUACCUCGCUAUGGCUCGCGAUUCUUGAAACCAUAAAUCGAACAUAUAAAUAGCUUUUCUACAUGUAGUCAUUUAAGAGAAAAAGCAGCAAAAUAUUUGAGAAUGUAUCUUACCAAAAAGCUUCAGAUAUCCAUCUUCAAUAGCUGGAACUUGACCAAACGGCUAAUACAAGUAUACAACGUAAUGAAUAACACGUUUUCUGUGAUAAUACUGAAAAUAUUGUGACUUAUAUACCUGACGAAGAAGAUGUUGUGGUUUUUUCUGUUCAAGUUUAUCGAGAUCGACAUGAAUUACUUCAAACUCGAUGUCUUUUUCCAAAAAGCAGAGCAAUACUCUUUGUGGAUUAGCUGCUUUUAUCUGCCCAUAUACUUUGACCACCAUUUUCUGAUUAUAUGUUUAUACGUAACUAUUGAUAUGAAAUUGUAAAUACCGACAUGAAUGUGGAUGUAUGCAUUUAUAGGCCACAAAAGUUAUAAAAUGUUUAUGAGUGCCUUUGUCUGCUGUGGAUAUUAAUCAGUGGUCAUUUUUUUUUUUUUUUUCAAAUCCGUUGGACCUUUGAG